AUGGACUGUGAGAGAUAUGCAGGUCUCAAAACUAGUGACAAAGAGUAUUUCCACCUAAAACAUUGGUCAGUUUGGGCUGAGUACAACCCGCCAGGCUAUGCCAAGCACCACCCUCCUGUUAUUGUCGACCUGAAGCCCAAUGCAGUUCCCGUCCGAGUCCACCGAUAUCCCAUCCGUGAAGAUGCCCGACGGGUCCUGACAAAACAUUUUUCUCAUCUACUGAAGGCUGGGAUCCUUAUCCCCUGUGAGUCCAGCUGGAAUACUCCGAUCCUGCCUGUUCCAAAACCAACCAAUGACCCUGCAAAGCCUGAGUUUCGUCCAGUCCAGGAUCUUAGAGCUGUGAACUCUAGGGUAAUGACCCUUCACCCUGUGGUCCCAAACCCAUAUACAAUCUUGACUCUCAUCCCUCCAGAGGCCCUAUAUUUCAGUGUCUUGGAUUUGAAAGAUGUGUUCUUUUCCAUUACUCUGCCCCCCCAGUCACGCCCCAUCUUUGCCUUUGAAUGGAGAGGACCCUCUGAAGCGUGUGCCAAACAAUACACCUGGACACGGCUUCCCCAAGGUUUCAAAAAUUCCCCCUCACUUUUUGGCCAAGCUCUAGCUAAAGAUUUGGAAGAUUUUGACACCCGAGGGGGCUUGGUUUUACUGCGGUACGUGGGCAACCUUUUGCUUUGUGCCCCCAACUUGCCCCACUGUGCAACGGGCACUAAUGACUUGCUGGCCCUCCUUGGACUCCGGGGCUACAAAGUUUCCUAUAAAAAGGCCCAAGUUUGCUAG